UUUGGGGUCACUCAAGAGGGUAAAUCGGUACAUGUUGCCAUCUCAGGAGUUCUCCCGUACUUCUUCGUAAACCUUCCCAAGGCUUUAAAUGAAGAGGAAUGUAAGGUAUUUCUUACGAAAGCUAUCAAGAAGUUCGAAUCGCAAGCAAGUCAAAACUACGGGUAUUCGAGCUAUCAGAUCUCCGAAUCGUGCAGGAUUGUUAAUUGCAGUUACGUCAGAAGAAGGAGCAUUUGGGGCUAUCAAAGAAAUGAAAGUCAUUACAUGCAGAUACUCUGUUCAAACCCAGAGACUGUCAAGAGAGCAGCUACAAUAUUUAGACACUGGGAUGCCUCACUUGACAUGCAGGAGAUAUUUCCCAAGGGUCCAAUCGUCUUCCAAACUUUUGAGUCCAAUGUGGACCCAAUUACGCGGCUAACGACGGACUCAAAUAUCGUCAUGUCUGGCUGGGUACAAAUACCUGUCAACGAUCUAAAGUGGAGCGAUUCAAGAACAAGACUGUCACAUUGCGACAUCGACGUGGCUGCACAUUUUUCAAAAGUGCAAGCUCUGCCCGAAAAAGAAGACGUCUCCCCCUUCUUGAUAGGAUCGUUUGAUAUUGAGUGCGUGCCUGAAGGUGGAAGGGGGUUCCCAGAUCCUAGCAAGCCAUUGGACAGAUGUAUUCAAAUCGGAACCAUCGUCUAUAGAUUCGGCGACUCAAAACCUUUAGCGAAUAUUGUUUAUUGUUUAGGAUCAGCAUCUGUUGAUGAUGAAUCUAUCCACAUUCGGGAAUUCGAAAGAGAAGAAGAUCUUCUCAUGGCUUGGCAGCACCUUGUCGUUCAUGAGCUUGACUUGGACCUCUUGACUGGGCACAACAUCUUCAAAUUCGAUCUCAACUACAUAGCUCGGAGGGCCCAAGUUCUAAAACUCCCAGAAUUCUUCGAACUUGGUAGAAUGAAAGGGAAGUAUACUGCUAUUAAGACCACGGAUAGCCAAAGCAAGGCAUUCGGCCAUAAUCAAUUUCACUACCUUCCGAUGACAGGGAGGAUGCAGAUGGAUAUUUACCAGGUCAUGACCAAACAACACAAAUUAUCUUCUUACAAAUUAGACAGCCUUGCUAAACACUUUCUUGGGAUGCAGAAGGAUGAUGUCUCGCCAAAACAGAUCUUUGAAUUCCAGGUGAAAGAUGCCUCUCACAGAGGCAUCGUUGCAAAGUAUUGUGCGAAAGAUUGUGAGCUUGUUUAUCGCCUCAUCGAGCGACUGGAUGUUCUUCCUCAAUUCCUGGAGAUGUCCAAGGUCACAGGGGUAACUAUGAACGACCUCAACACGCGUGGCCAGCAGAUCAAAGUUUUCACUCAGAUAGUACGUGAGGCUCGAGCGUCAGACUUCGUGAUCCCUGACAUGCGAGCUGCCCCCACAUCAAGGGAUGACGUGCAGUACCAGGGCGCUUUUGUGCUCCCUCCGCAACGCGGCAUCUACCACGAACCGAUCGCUACCUUAGACUUCGCGUCGCUUUACCCCUCCAUCAUCCGAGGAGACAACUUAUCCUAUGAGACUCUUGUGCAGAACGAGUGUGAACUAGACGAAGACACUCCGGUCUCUUGCAUCCAAGAGUACACCUACAAGUACGUACAACACGUGGAAGGAAUCCUCCCAAGAAUCUGCAAGAAUCUGCUCACUGCAAGGAAGAAGGCGAAGAAGGAAAUGGCUCUCACGGACGAUCCCAUCAAGAAGGGCUUGUUGAAUGGCAAGCAGUUGGCCCUCAAAGUCUCUUGCAACUCCGUCUAUGGAUUCACUGGCGCUGGCAGGGGUAUGCUGCCAUGUUUGCCGAUCGCUUCAUCGGUCACUGCUAUCGGCCAGCAAAUGAUCAAGACGACAAGUCAGACUGUGCAAGAAAACUUCAAUGCUACAGUCAUUUAUGGGGACACGGACUCGGUGAUGGUGAACUUUCACUGCGGAGAAGGGCCGGAAGCUCUGAAGAAAGCUCUCGAGCUCGGGCAGAGGGCUGCAAAACUCGUCACGAGCAAGUUCAAGCCUCCCAACGAGCUCGAGUUCGAGAAGGUGUACAUGCCGUACAUCCUUUACAGCAAGAAGAGGUAUGCGGGGCAGAUGUAUACCAGUCCAGACAAACCCGACAAGAUCGACGUGAAGGGACUUCAAGUUGUUCGGCGCGACAACAGUGAACUUCAGAGGGAUCUGAUGAAGAACCUGAUCAAGACGAUGGUGAAGGAAAUCACACAAGAUGAGCUGACAUGCAUGGACAGUGGGGCAAGCAAACUCGAAGUGCUUAAGUCGCGCAUUUCAGAUCUAGUCCGUUCCUAUAAUCAAGAUCUUGUACAAGGAAAAUUCCCUUUGGAGAAGUAUGUGAUCUCGCAAUCCAUCUCCAAGAAAGGCUACGAGAAGACAAAUGCUGCAGGCUUCAAGAGCGCAGCCCUCGGCCAUGUCAAACUUGCAGAGAGGAUGGAAAAACGAGAGCCUGGGACCGGCCCGGUAGCAGGGGACCGGGUGCACUACAUCAUCGUGAAAGAAGCCCCCCACCUCUCGCACAUCAAGAAUCGAACAAUCGAUGGCGUGACUUACGCGGCCAAGGACUGGCCCCCUCGCCAUGAGAGGUGCGAAGAUCCUACGUACGUGAAGGAGAAGAAUUUGACAGUCGAUCUCGCAUACUAUUUGGAGAACCAGCUGAAAAAUCCGGUGACGUCACUGCUCGAGCCUGUCUACGACAAGAGCGAAGAGCUCUUUCUUGAAGCAGAG